GACAUAACUGGGAUUUGUAGUCAUAUACAUAUACGCCUUGUACCUUGUAAAUUUUAACAUUUUUUUUCACAAUUAAAUACAUAAAUUUUGGUUAAGAAAUGAUUUUAAAUAUUUUUCGUUUUCACGAUUUUUAACAUCAGCAGUAAUUAUUUUUUGUCCAUUUCUCUUGGAGAAAAAAAACUACAAGACGUUUCCUUGGUUACCAAUGCUCCCCCUCCAAACACUGCUUGUUGGAUUUGAACACUGAGAUUAGCUGUUGUUGCGCGGCCUAUUUAUGAGGAUUUGAGACAGUUUAGAAACCAAACAUGUUCAAAGGUGACGCCCGACAAGACCAGUCUCUGACAAAAGCUGUGGAAGGCCGAAGAUCUGCUGAGGCAGCCCGCAAAGCUCGCAUCUUCAACACUCGACUACGUGUGAUGGGCCUUGACUUAGAUGCUCUGAACCAACAAGUUAAAGAGAAACUGCAACAAGAAAACUUGGAAAAACUACAGAGCAAUGCUCUCGAAACACUGAAAAAAAGUCAGGAUGAAGCACUACUACAACAAGACAACAAUGAAAAAGAAAAACGACGAGCUUUGCAAAAGGACCUUACUCAUUACUGGGCCACUCAGCAGCGAUUAGACACACAAAAUGCUGGUUUACAGAAUGGCCUGAAGGGGGCGUUUGACAUCACCACUCCGGAGGCCAAACUGGGACCUGCCAGUAUGCAGAGAUUCCAGGGGGAAGAUGCUAAUUGGAAACAAAUGAGGAGAGAACAAAUACGAAUGACAGAAAGAGCUUUAAAAGGACAGAUGGAUGAAAAUAUAAGAAGACAGGAGAGAGAAAAUCACAAAGAUAUGUUGGAGAAGCAAGAGCUGUUGCAUCAAAACCAAGAGCAGCUUCACAAGGCUGCAAUGGAGGAGGAGCGUCGGAAGGCUGCCCGCAUUGCACUCCACAGCUUUAAUCAAGCUCAGGCUGCAGAGCGUGCAGAGAGCCUUAAAGAGCAACACAGGCGAGAGGAAACAGAGAACCUUGCAGAGAUGUGGCAUACAAUGACAUCUGACAUGUUGACAGAGUGUGCAGAUGCAGGAGAAAGAGAUGUGGGAGGAGGUAAGCCACCACAGAUUCUGCCAGACAGGUGGAAGGGGAUUCGCCCGGAGCAGCUGCGCUCCUUUCAAAGGGAUAGAGAACAACAGUGCCAACAGAAACAGAGGCAAUGUGACGCUGGAAAGAUUCAGGAUGCAGCUUGGAAUCUGGAGCAGCUGACGUUGUCUAGGAAAGCAGAGGAAGAGGAGAGAAGAAAAGCUGAGAAGAUGAGAGAACUGAGAAUUCAAAUGGACCAGUACAACAUGCAGCUGGCCAGGGAGCAAAGCGCACACCAGGAGUACCUGAACAAGAAACUUUACACCAAUAAACCAACCAAAGACUACUUUUACCAGUUCAACACCAGCUCUCGCUGAUCAACGCAGACUUCUGGCAUUGAUAUUCUGUUAUCUUCAAAUGAUUAAAUUUUUACAACAAAUAUUUAUAA